CCUUUUGCACGUGCCCUAGCCCCCUCUUCGCGAGAAUAGCCGGCCCUAGCCGUCUUUCGCGCAAAGGUCGCCCGUCGGCCCUCCUUGCAGGCGAACGCUACCACCGCCGACAUUCUCCCCCGCUCCCGGAGAUCCUACCCGAGGGUUUUUGCGAGGGGACUUUGACCUCUUCCUCGCCGGCGACGUCCCGCCGGCGUCCCUCGACACUGGCAUCCUUCUUCCCGAGAAGAGCAACAAACUUAACUCUGUUAAAGUUGUGGCAAUUGGUCCUGGAAUUCGAGGUAGAGAUGGGAAACAAAUACCUUUUUCUUUGAAGGAAAUGUUGUUCUUCUGCCUGACUAUGGUGGAACCCAAGUGAAACUUGAAGGUUUGUGAACUUUAAGGAAAAGUAGUCAUGAGGAAGUUAAAGUAUCACGAGAAGAAACUCCUUAAAAAGGUAAAUUUCAUUGAGUAUAAAAGAGAGAAAGGACAUCGAGAGGCUCUCAUUACGCGUCGAUACCAACUUGUUCAAAGAGAUGAUUAUAAGAAGUAUUCUAAAAUAUGCAAUAUGGUACAAAAGCUUGUGCACAUUUUGAAGCAGAUUGAUCCAAGAGACCCAUAUCGCAUUGAGAUGACUGAUGCGCUGCUGGAAAAGCUUUACAAUAUGGGCGUUAUUUCAACAAAGAAGAGCUUGGUUAAGUGCGAGAAACUAUCCGUGAGUUCGUUUUGCAGGCGCAGGUUGGCAACUGUUCUUACAUACAACAAGUUUGCAGAACAUCUGAAGGAGGCAGUGACAUAUAUUGAGCAGGGGCACAUAAGAGUUGGCCCUGAUACAGUGAAAGACCCGGCUUAUCUUGUGACUCGGAACAUGGAGGACUUCAUCACAUGGGUUGAUUCCUCUAAGAUCAAGAGGAAGGUGAUGGAGUACAAUGAUAGAUUGGAUGACUAUGAUGCUCUGAAUGCGUAGGUCUGCUUUCUCAUUUCAAUUUUUGUUAUUUCAGAGGCAAAUGAUUAUCGAGGCCUUACAUUUUGUAGUUUUAUUUAUAUUAUUUAGUGAGGAGAAUGACUUGAUUGGGGAAGAAAUGAGGCGUUUAAUGAAUUCUGAGGAUUGUAUUGCUUUAUAAUUUUCAUGAAAUGGAGGUUUUAUAGUU